GAAAACUGGUCACUACUCAGUACUCACUGGAGUACAUAAAUUGUCCUCACUACUUAGUACUUACUAGUUACUUCAUAGUUCAUACUACUCAGUACUCAUUACUCGUGAAUGUUGUUGUUGCUGUAUAAAAUUAGAAUUUCAUUAAAUAUGUUUGUAUUUUGAAUUUACAUUUUACUAACCGUGUAUGUUGUAGUAAAUUACAAUCCAUAAAAAUGCUAUUAAACUGUUUGUCUAAACAAUUAUGCGCCCUUCCGUCAUCUUUUAUGGCCUCUUGCCGUCUUUCAACGUUGAAAUUCGAAAAGGACUCGUCAAGUGAUAAUACUCCUUUGGUUUAUGGUGGCUAUACAAAUUUACGGCAAGCAUGGGUGUCGAACUUGGAUACAGUGGCGGACAGUCCUUCAUCUAUUAUAGAUUUACAUCCUCAGGUAUUUGGAUCUAGACCGAGAAUUGACAUUAUUCACGAGAAUGUUGUUUGGCAGAGAAAAUACAGAUAUGUCAGUUAUGCACAUACUAAAGUCACAGCUGAGGUAAAUAUGAGUGGUAAAAAACCUUGGCCACAAAAAGGUACGGGACGAGCACGUCACGGUACAAGGCGAUCACCUCUUUUCAGAGGAGGAUCUGUCAUACACGGUCCUCGUACGUGUACUACACAUUUUUAUAUGCUUCCGUUCUUUAAAAGAGUCUAUGGACUUACUUCAACUUUAUCUGUUAAGUUAGCACAAGACGACUUGCACGUAGUAAAAGAUUUGGAAAUUCCCACCGAUGAUCCAAGCUAUAUCAAUGAUUUAGUGGAAUCAAGACUAUGGGGACCUUCAGUUCUAUUUAUUGAUGAUACUGACACAAUGCCAAGAAAUAUCGCUCUUGCUUUAGACAACAUCAAGCAUAUCAAUUUAAUGCCAGUUUAUGGUUUAAAUGUUUAUAGCAUGUUGAAGCAUGAGACAUUAGUUUUGACAGUAGCUGCUGUAAAAAAAAUACAAGAGCGACUGUUGUAUCAAUUGCACAGGCCAGAUGUUUGUAAACUUAACAAAAAGUUCAUGCUGAAUCAGCAGAAUUAGUUACAAUUAUAUUAUAUAACGAGUUAAAAAUAAAGAAUUUGUAAUUUUGUUACUGUAAAAACAUUUUAUAUUAUUAAAUUAUAAAUACUUACGGUAUAAAAAUCAAUAUAAGACAGAAUGUAACAAAGAAA